AUGCGCAACCUUCGCAACCUCCGGUUCGGGAGAUGGCGGCAUCCCGACAUCACCGCCGCCUGCUGGGAUCCCGAGAAUGACGAGAUUGUGUGCACCGUCGGACCGACUGCCGACAACCCGACGAUUGAGCUGGUCAGAUUGUCCGACGCUGAUUCCAUAAACCGUCGCACACUCACUCGAUGGGAUGCGCCCAGCCCCAACCCCGAUCUCCUCGUCGACCGCAUCGUCAAUAUCCACCACUUGAGCGGCAGUGGCACAACAUGUCUCGUUCUCGAAGGCGGUGAUAUCAUUACGGUUAGGGAGGAUCUUUCGUCCGGCCAUGUUCACAUUGAGAUUAUGGGAUCUAUUGAUGCCGGAAUUGCGGCCGCACGAUGGUCCCCGGACGAGGAGCUGCUUGCCGUGGUCACCAAGGCUGACACUGUCGUCCUCAUGGGAGGCGCUUUCGACCCCGUUGCCGAAGUCACAAUGACAGAGGAAGAUCUCAAGGCGUCAAAGCAUGUGUCUGUUGGUUGGGGUAAGAAGGAAACACAGUUCCAGGGCCGCGGCGCAAAGGCUCUCCGAGAUCCCACGAUUCCUGAGAAAGUCGACCAGGGCCUUCCGAGCACCAACGAGGAUGGAGCGGUGUCCAUUAGCUGGCGCGGAGAUGGCGCGUUUGUGGCCAUCAACUCGGUCCAAGAGGGCUUUCGACGAGUAAUUAGGGUGUAUUCUCGUGAGGGAGAGCUCGACAGCGCUAGCGAGCCCGUCGAUGGGUUUGAAGGCGCUCUGAGCUGGAGACCGUCCGGCAACCUCAUUGCUGGUAUUCAGCGCUUGGCGGAUCGAGUCGACGUUGUAUUUUUUGAGCGCAAUGGCCUACGGCAUGGACAGUUCACUCUGCGAUCGCCCAACGGAACGGCUUUGGAUGCCAGUGACGCCCGCAUCCGGCUCGAGUGGAACUCAGAUUCGACGGUCUUGGCCGUCAUUCUCACGGAUACCAUCCAGCUAUGGACCAUGGGCAACUACCACUGGUAUCUCAAGCAAGAAAUUGCUAUGGAGCCAGGGUUUGCCUGCCUAGCGUGGCAUUCAGAAAAGGCGCUCCGGUUUGCGGCAGCAUCCGCCGGGAGCCUCAUCCUGGCUGAGCAAAUCUUCCACACAUCUCGGGGCUCAUGCCGGCUGCCCAACGAUAACGGCGUAGUUGCUGUCAUCGAUGGCGAGACUGUCAAUAUUACCCCCUUUCGCACUGCCAACGUGCCUCCUCCAAUGGCCCUGUUCGAGGUCAAGGCUGAGUCCUCUGUUGUUGAUGUAGCGUUUGGACACCAAAACUCCUCAUUCGCAGUCCUGCACCAGAAAGGCGUGGAUCUCUACGAACUGCCCUUGAAGAAUGGAAGAUCUACUAGGCCAGUGGAGCGGCUCAAGCUGCCCUUUGAUACCCCUAAUAUGCCCGAGCACCACAUGCCCCUGAGAAUCUGCUGGGUGUCCGACAACAGCCUGCGUUGUAUGGGCUACCAAGACGACCUGGGCCCUCUGCAGUUGGUUGUAUCUGCUGGCGAAGGGAACUCUGCUGAGAUUAGUAUGCUGGACAGCAGUCUGACCCUGGCAGCUACCACAACACGGGACGAUGAUUCUACCGCGGAAAGUUACGGCCAAGACCAGUCCGGCAAAUUGUAUAGGCUUUCCACUUCUGGCGACGACCUUCUUCCCAUUCAAUUCACGACACAGCUUCCGUGGUUCGAAGUCAGCAAGCAUGAUGACGUUGAGAUGGCUUUUGGUCUUUCAAGAUCGGGCCACAUCUUUGCAAACUCUAGACUGCUGGCCAAGAACUGCACAUCUUUCAUUGUUACGCCAAACCAUCUCAUCUUCACCACUAGCAAUCACUUCGUCAAGUACGUGCAUCUGGUGGCAGAUGUCGAGGAUUUGGAGGUUCCCGGCGAUGAUCCUGAAAAGGAUGAGCGGUGUCGCAGCGUGGAGCGUGGUUCGCGUCUAGUUACCGCAAUGCCAACCAACAUGAGCAUCGUUCUGCAGAUGCCGCGAGGCAACCUGGAAACCAUCUUCCCCAGAGCCAUGGUAGUUGCUGGCAUUAGAAGCCUCAUUGAGGAAAAGAACUAUGCUCGAGCCUUUUCAUACUGCCGAUCACAGAGAGUCGAUAUGAACAUUCUGUAUGACCACAAGCCCGAGCAGUUCCUCUCCUGUGUCGGACUCUUCUUGGACCAACUAAAGGAGGUUUCCUACAUUGAUCUCUUCCUCUCAUCGCUCAGGGAGGAGAAUGUCACGCAGACCAUGUAUCAAGACACCAAACGGACAAAAGCCCAGUCCUACGGCAUCAAUGCUCCCUCUGAAAAUCUGCCUUCACAAAAACCUCACGGCUCCAAGGUCAAUGCCAUCUGUGACGCAGUUCUCAAGGCCCUUCAGUCUCACAAAGCAACUCACCUCCAAAAUAUCAUCUCCGCUCACGUCUGCAAGGUCCCUCCUGCUAUGGAUGACGGACUGACGCUCGUUGCUGAACUCAUGCAAGAAGAUGAAAAGCUUGCAGAAAAGGCAGUGGAGCACAUUUGCUUCCUGGUCGACGUCAACCGGGUAUAUGAAAACGCCCUAGGCCUAUAUAAUCUUGAUCUCGCUUUGCUCGUUGCGCAACAGUCUCAGCGAGACCCAAGAGAAUACCUCCCCUUUAUUCAGAACCUCCAUGUCCUUUCCCAGCUUCGUCGCAAGUUCGAGAUUGACGAUCAUCUCUCCCGUCGACAAAAGGCCUUGGCUCAUCUUCAAGCUCUGGAUGCAUUCGACGAGCUGUGCAACUACACCAGCAAGCACGACCUCUACCAAGACUCUCUCAAACUCUACCGAUACGACCCGCCGCGCUUAAAGACCUUGACUGAAAUCUAUGCCAUCUACCUAGAGUCUAGGUCUCAAUACCGCGAAGCAGGCCUGGCAUAUGAAUCGAUCAAGAACUAUGCCAAAGCCACCAGCUGCUACCGCUCAGCCGGUGCCACAUGUUGGCAAGAAUGUCUUUUCACUGCCUACCAACAAGAUCCCCCUCUGUCCGCAGACAACAAAGCCGAGCUUGCUACCGCUCUUGCAGAUGCUCUCUGGGAGGCAAAGGACUUUUCCGCCGCCGCCACCAUUCAUCUCGAUUACCUUGCCUCGCUCGAGAUGGCUGUCAAGUGCCUCUGCCGGGGCUACCACUUCGCCGAAGCCAUCCGCCUCGUCAUUCAGAACUCACGUCCCGACCUUCUCGAGUCUGCCAUUGACGUUGGGCUCGCCGAGGCUCUUGGUCGAACUACGGAGUUCCUGGCCGACUGCAAAGCUCAGCUCCGCGCACAGGUCCCUCGCGUUGCUGAGCUGAGACUCAAAGCUGCUGAAGAUCCUCUUGCCUUUUACGAAGGCGAGCGUGCUGGCGGGAUGGACAUCCCUGAUGAUGUAUCCGUGGCGAGUUCGCGCGUUAGCACUUCGGCGAGUUUGUUCACGCGAUAUACUGGCAAGGCAGGCAGCGUUGGUACCGCCGGCACGGGCGUCAGCAGAGCUACCAGCAAGAACCGAAGACGAGAGGAGAAGAAGCGUGCUCGAGGGCGAAAGGGCACCGUGUACGAGGAGGAAUAUCUCGUCAACAGCGUGCGACGGCUGGUCGAGCGUGUGGAGGCGUCCAAGUCCGAGGUGGAGAGGCUGGUGUUUGCUCUCGUGAGAAGAGGCAUGGCAGAGCGAGCUCGCGCGGCGGAGACGCUCAUGGCGGAUGUUACGGAGGCGUGCGAGGCUGCUGUGAGGGAAGUCUUUGCCGUGUCGGCGGAGCAGCAGCAGCAGCAGCAGCAGGACCAACAACAGGCUGCUGUUGCGAAUGAGUGGAAAGCUACGGGUGGUGAGGGCGUGUUCCAGGAGUGGAUGCAAGAGCAGGGCAAGAAGAUGGAGCCGCCUGUGAUAUCAAGGAUGAAGAAACUAGCAUUGUUGGGAUGA